GGCCGCAGGAGGGGCGGGCCACGGGCGCCGAGGCGGGCGUCUGUGGAGACGGCGGCGAGACCAUGGCGGAACCGCUGAGGAAGCGGGGUCGGCGGCCCCGGGGCGGCGCCGCGGGUCGCGGGGCUCGGGGGUCGCGCGGCGGCCGGGGCCGGCGUCCUCGCGUCCAGGCCUCCCCGGGGCGGCGCGCCCUGGACUCGGUGCUGGUGGAUUUGGUGAGCGACAGCGACGAGGAUGUCCUGGAGGUGCCCGCGGAGCGCGGCGCCGCCGGCCCGGCCGAGGUCCCGCCCCCCGCGCCCCCUGCGCCCCCCGCGCCCCCUGCGCCCCGCGGCGACAGCGACACUGACAGCGACGGGGCGGACGCGGGGGGCGCCCCGCGGGCGCUGGUGCGGCGGCGGCGGCGGCGGCUGCUGGAUCCGGGGGAGGCCCCGGUGGUUCCGGUGUACUCGGCGAAGGUGAAGAACAGCCUCCACCUCAUCCCCGACCAUCUGUCCCUCCUGAAACUCUGCCCCCCAGAGGCUGAGGAAGAAGACACCGAGAUGGCCAACUCGAGUAGCCCCCGCUCUGCGGAGUCUCCAGCGCCAGAGUCUCCCUGGAGUAAGAAGCUGCGGCAAGAGGAUGAAGACGAGAAGGAGGAGAUGUUUCUGAUUCCAGAGACCUCACCUUUGACCUCGUCUCUGCCGAGGACCAAAAACAGAAAACAUACUCAGGCGCUGCAGAAGUUGAGGGAGGUGAACAGGCGCCUCGAGAGCCUCCGCUCCUGCCUGAGCCCCAAGCAGCGCCGGGGCCAGGACCUCUUGGGCCAAGAGGAUGAGGUCAUCCUGGUGGAGGGGCCCACCCUCCCCGAGAACCCCCGGCUCUUCCCACUCAAGGUCCGCUGCCGGGCUGACCUCAUCAGGUUGCCCGUCAGAAUGUCGGAGCCCUUGCAGAGCGUGGUGGAUCACAUGGCCUCCCGUCUCGGCGUGUCCCCAAGCAGGAUCCUCUUGCUGUUCGGAGAGACAGAGCUGUCCCCGUCUGCUACCCCCAGGACCCUGAAGCUUGGGGUGGCCGACAUCCUUGACUGUGUGGUCCUGGCAAGUCCCCCGGAGACCGAGGACUCGUCCCAGCUGCUGCAGCUGCGGGUGCAGGGCAAGGAGAAGCACCAGACGCUGGAAGUCUCGCUGUCCCCCAACUCUCCUCUCAGGACCCUCAUGUGCCGCUACGAGGAGGCCAUGGGCCUCUCGGGCCACAAGCUCACCUUCUUCUUUGAUGGGACGAAGCUUUCAGGCAAGGAGCUGCCAGCUGACCUGGGCAUGGAAUCCGGGGACCUCAUUGAGGUGUGGGGCUGAACCCCCACUCGCCGUUUGCAAGCCCUGCCGGGAUUUGGGGAGAGCCGCCGCCCCUCUCUCGCCGCCGAAGGGCUGAGGGCAGCUGAGAGGGAGUUAACCUAGAAGCAGAAACAACACUGAGGCGUGAUCUUCGACCUUGGUGUCAAGCCCAGUCGCCUGGUUGGUGUGUGGCCGGUGAUGCUGCCUUGUGUGGACGGUGGCCCCGUCUCCAGGGUGCUGAGCUCGUAGCGGCCUGAGCCAUCAAGCACGUUUCCCUUCCCCGCUCGCUCCGCCACCCUCCCCCCCACAUCCCUCCAUCGAGCUGUCUGGGAAACCGUUCAGCUCUAGAGUGCUUUGGACGGGGUUCCAGUCUCGGGAUGGGUGCCCAAGUCUGGGACUAGCCGUGGCCUUUGGGUCACUGGGGUGAGUUGGCUUAAGCUGCCUGCGUGCUGCGGUGCCCUGCUGGCAAGAGCACCGUCGCCCAGGCUCAGCAGGGCCGCUGGAGCCCAGGUGGGCAUGGGCACUGCUCUCACCCGGGCCCACACCCUCUGUGCUCAGCCUGUUUGGUCGGGAUCUCGGGGUUGUCGCCUGCAGAGGUCCUGGCUGGACAUUUCUCUCUCUUUUCCACACCCUCCUUCCCCGCAGGCCUGCUCUGUACCAUUCCCACAAUGUAACCCCGUAAGGUGGCGUGUGCGUGGAUAUUCCUUCGGCGGUGGCUCUGCUCUGUCCACGGCGCUGGCUUUUCUCACCCCCCGCCCUCUCUGUGUUGCUUCAUCUCCAUCUGCCCCACUGCUUGUGCUGCCCUGUGGCACUCAUUCCACGGUGGGCUUCCCCCCUGCUCGAUAGUGGGCCCCGGCUGCCUCCCGCCCCCCAGCCCCUGCACGAGGCCACCGUGAGCCUGCGGUCGUGUGUCCUCGCCCAAGCCUGUGUGGGAAGGACCCAGGACGGGACACCAGGCCAGCGUGGUUCCUUCCAGCGGAGGCCUCCCUGCUGCUUAUUCCUGUCCACCCUGUUUUUUCCUUCUUGACCAGUGUCUGGAGGACCACGCAGUGCCCCGGGGGACCAUAUUUGUGGUGCUGGGGAGUCAGAUUUGGGCUCCCACAUGCAAAGCCCGUAUUCCAGGCCUUCGGCCACCUCCCCACCUCCUUGCCCACUGUCUGAUGGGCGUCAGCUGGAGCCUUGCAAUGUGCACUCAGUGGGUCACCAGUAACUGGGGGAGAUUCCCUCGAGUCUCCAUUGCCUUCCCGAUUCCCCUUUCUGCUCGUUCAUCUUUGUGUGUCUCCUGCCGGGGGCUUCCGUCCUGGUAUUUGUUCUUCAGAGUGAGCCUCUGUCCUGGGAACUGCUGUGUGGGUCGGGGUGUCCUUCACCGAACAGGGGCUCUUCAUAUCUUUCAUGGAGAUGUACGAACUAUUUUGUUAUUCGUUGCUCUUGGAUUUCUUAUUUAAAAUGAGCUACUUGACUGUUCCUCCUGUUUAUAUUCCCUCUCCUGCUUAGACCACGAACAGGACUCGGGCAAACGUGUCUGCUGGGGCGUGCUUUGUGAUCUAACGUUUGUUCUCUAGUUGAAGCCAGGCUUUACUGGCUAUUAAAUAUAGGAUUGAAUACAAGUUUAAACUAUUUAAAUCAAAAUUCACUUUUGUAUCUGAAAUAUAGGUCUGGUAGAUCCGGUCAUAAACAUAGGUUUUACACAAGAAGGCGCGAGUUCUUUUACCACUCUCUGCUAAUAAAGCCAUUAAUUUUCCACUGGCAAUGUGGUAUCAUUUUGGUGAAGAUAUUCUGAGGCCUCUUUUGGUUGGCAAUGUGGUAUUCCUUUGAACUUAUAAUGUGGGGGAAAUCGAAACCUCUGGUAACAUUGAAAUCUCCUACAAAAUAUAUAGCUCUCAGUUCUCUUCCUAUCUUUCACGUCCAUGAGUGUUUGAGUAUUUCACAGGAUCUGUAUUCCGUCUCCACAUGGGAGGACAGCCAGCGCGUGUGUACGUGAGGAUUCUGUCUCUGACCGCGGCGGCUGGUUGUGGCCGGACCUCCCUUCUUCCUCCUCCUGGGCUAAGGGAGCCCCUGGAUUUUGACAAAGCCCAGAGCUGCAGAGUGAGCCUGGGUGCAGCUGAGUGCCCGAUCGGGCUCCAGGGUGGAAGGCGAGGCUGCGGGGACCAGCGCCCUCUCAUGGCCUCCUGCCACCGACUGUAGGUGGAAGGACUGGGGUCCCCAUCUCCAGCCAGCGACUUACAGACUGUCAGGCUUUAGGGUUUUUUCUCUGGUGUGAAAAACCUCCAUUGG